AGGAAGAAUGACUGCGCUUUGUAGUUCCUGAUCCGGAACUAGUUUUUCUGGACACCCGGAAGAAGUAGGUGGCGCGCGAAGCGUGUUCCUUGUUCGGGAGUGGAGAACCACAAGGUGUGAGCCGCAAGCGCUACAGGAUUUAAGAAGACUGAAUUGUGCUGACAGUUCAAAAUGGCCAAAACGAUGUCUUGUACUCUCCAAGUUCUUGGUUAUGGAGUAUCUGGCCCAUCCUGGUACACUCAGCUUGGCUGCUGGAGUUGCUUGUGGCAUGUGCUUGGGCUGGGGCCUCCGGGGCCACCUUGGGAUGCUCCCCCAGAACUCAACAAGGGAGAAAAGUAAAGACACAGAGAUGGGGACCGAAGCAAGCAUCCUGGGGGAGAGUGGGGAGUACAAAAUGAUUCUUGUGGUUCGAACUGACCUAAAGAUGGGAAAAGGGAAGGUUGCUGCCCAGUGUUCCCAUGCUGCUGUUUCUGCCUACAAGCAGAUUCAAAGGAGAAACCCUCAAGUGCUCAAAGAGUGGGAGUACUGUGGCCAGCCCAAAGUGGUGGUCAAAGCCCCAGAUGAAGACACCCUCAUUGAAUUACUGACCCAUGCAAAAACGUUGGGACUGACUGUAAGUUUAAUUCAAGAUGCUGGACGUACUCAGAUUGAACCAGGCUCUCGAACUGUCCUGGGAAUUGGUCCAGGACCAGUAGAACUAAUCGAUGAAGUUACCGGCCACCUAAAACUUUACUAGAUGAGCUUUUGUGUGAUGGUGAUUCUGUCUGACAAGUAUGAAAUCUGUCAGUAACAAUAAAAGCUUAAUUCUUGUCCCACUUUAAAAUCUGUUCCCAUGUUGUUCUAUCACACACUGGACCAUUUUUAUCUUGAGCUUAAAAUACUUUUGAAGGGCUGGAGAGAUGCUUCAGCAGUUAAGAGCACUCAUUGCUCUUGCAGAGGACUCUUGAUUCAGUUCUCAUUGACCUGGAUGGCAGUUCACAACCAUCCAUAGCUCCAGUACCAGGGAAUCCAACACCCUCUUUUGAUCUCAUCAACCACCAGGCAAACACACCGUGCAUAUAUACAGAGGCAAAAUCACCAUACACAUAAAUCUAAAGAAUAAACGUACAUGCCUUUAAUCUCAGCACUUGGGAGGCAGAGGCAGGCGGAUCUCUGUGAGUUUGAGGCCAACCUGGUCUACAGAGGGAGUUCCAGGAUAGCCAAUGUUGAGACAGAGAAAACGUGUCUCAAAAAAGAAAACAAAUAAUAAAACUACUCGCCAGACGUUGGUGGUAUACACCGGAGGUAGAGGCAAGAGGACCCUGGUCUCCAGUUAGUUCCAGGACAGGUUCCAAAACAAUACGGAGAGACCCUGUCUCGAAAAACAACAACAAAAGAAUAAAACUACAUUGUUUAAAUGAUGUUGUGGAUUGAUAGGUGCUGAAACAGUGAUGAUGUUGGGUGGAAGCCAUGUUUCCCAAGUAUAAUUAGGCCCCAGUGUGAUUGAUUACUCUUCAGUCAAACCGUGCUGGCCUUUUUGAGGACCUGGUUCAAGAAAUCAUUGUUUUUUCCCUGCUGCUACUUUUUGAAUGAUAAUCUUAUAGACCAUUGCAUAGACCCACCGUGCAAUCCUAAUUCAGAUUUUUAACUAGCUGGAUGUUUUGGAGAUGGGGUAACCUUGAACUUGUGGCAUUUCCUCCUGCCUUCACCCCCUACAUGCUGGGAUUGAAAGCAUGAGAAAUUGUACCCAGUUAUGACCUUAUGUAGCAUUUGAUGUUUAUUAUUGAUCCACCUGGGCUAAAGAUAUUUCAGUGUUUAUGAAGCUAUGAAAAGAUUAAAAAAUUCCUUCAACAGUGAAA